GUAACGUCUUCUGCACCGACGCUUGGCGCUCAGAUCAACGAAGAUUUGUGGAGAAUGGACACCUGACACGCAAUAAGAGCGUCGUCAUCCUCCAGCCCCUCCCAACAAGUGAAUUUGCGGCGAGUGACAGGCUGUGCUUGGGUUGUACAGGGCAGUGUUGCGAAGCGUUCAAUCUUUAAGCGCCUCGAAGUUACCCUCUCCGAGAUGUCUUUGUCACUUUUUGCCCUGUGGCUGACCCUUACGCCUUUAUCAUGUCUUUCGCAGACUACCCUUUCAAUCCCAUCUAAGACUUCUGCUUCUGUAUCCUCCAUCGAGUCACCAGCAGUGUUUGCUAUACCAUCAUCCUCGUCCACUCUUCACUUAAGCGUUGUGCUCUGCACAUCUACACAACCACCCCCACGAUUUUUCCUGAAUAAUGGCACAAAUAUUCCCCCACCUGGGACAGAGACUUCUGGAGCGGAACUGGUACUGAAAGGUGGACUCGCUCAGUGGACUGGAACAGGACCGGCUACAUUGCUUGCUCGUGCGGGAAGGGGUGGUUCGGGGAAUCAGACUCGGUUAUUCCAAAUUGGAAUUUCUGCGGAGGAGCAAAUAUUCGACGUCGACACUCGGCCUCCACACCUUGGAGAUACAACUGCUAAUCAAGCACUUAUUUUUUCCCCUCCAUUUCAAUCCAUCCCAUUUGACGAGCCUACUUAUCCUAAAUAUGUCCUUCCACCUGCAAACAUCACUUCAUCCAAUUCAACACAGCCCCCUCCUCAAACAUUGCUGGUGUUCCAAACUGCUAAUAUCUCCCCGGCACUAGCGCAAGUCAGUCAAUCUGCCUGUGGGAUAACUGAAGUACCUGGGAAUCUACUUUCGUCUGGAGACCAUCCACUCAACACGACAACUGUUCUUCGAGAUUACACUGAUUAUCGGACCCAGUGGCUGUUUGAAAAAUUGACACCGUCCACGAACUACACUGCAUAUGUUGUCACCAAUAAUUCAGUACUCAGCGGACCUCUUUUCUUUGUUACGAAGUCAUCGAACUUUAGUUGUCCGCUGGUCCACUCCGUGCCUUUCUGCCCCUCUGUCACGUAUGCCGUCCCCCUUCCACAGCCCCCAACCGGCGCAACAUCAUAUGCUGCUGACACUGUACCCUCUAACAUAACGUCACCUCUCUUAUCAUCGCUCAGUAAUUUCACCACAUCUCUUCUCACUUUCGCAUGCGGACGAGACAUUUACUCCCCACUUCAAACCUGUGCAUCGUGUCAGCGUGCAUACAGAUCGUGGCUCUGCGCCGUCUCGUUCCCUCGAUGUGGUGAGCCUCCUCAGCCGACACAGCCAUCAGGAAACGGGGGGGUCCCCCCACCGCUUGCCCCCGCACUUAUCACCGGUAAUUCACCUCGUGCCUUAACUCUACCACUGGAACAAAACUUCACUGAACUUCUUCCGUGUGUCGAAAUGUGUCACGAAGUCGCGCGAGCUUGCCCUAGUUUCCUGCAAUGGAGAUGCCCGUCGAACAAGGUGAACGCGGCGGAUAGUUACGGUAUUGGCUAUGUUGAUAGUUUAGAUCACGACCAAGGACAGGGUUGGACUGGUAUACCACAGGAUAGCUAUGGGAAUGUAUGGUGUAACUUUGCUUAGAGCCUAUCGUGCCCACUGCUUAAUUUAAUCCACUUAUG